UGCACUUGCUGCCAGCGCUUUUCAAGACAUCGCCUUCCUCUGCUCGCACCGUGCAACGUGUGCUACUACGACUCGGCGCUCACAUGCAGACCCACGCUUUCAAGUAGCACAACUCAACAUUUCUGGCGGAUUUCUCUCUCCCGUGUGCCAACCAUGCGCGUCAGCCAACAAGGACUUCAAAACAAGAACUUUGUCAAAGAAGAGUCCCAGGGCGCACAGGAUGCUCCACAGCUCCACAUUAAGUUGAGAGUGUGAGAAAAAGAGAAACAACAGGAUUUUCUCUCGGUUAGAGUCACCAAGCAAGUAGCCUACACUCUGGAUGGACAAUGGAUACUUUAAGUCUGUCAGUGAACGCGGUGUCCUACACCGUGGCAGCCGAACUCUCCACUGCUGAUGAUCCGUUUAAUGGACCCAUCAAGAACAUCGCGCCGUGGAACUUCACUGUCCUGGCCGUGCUCAUGUUUGUGGUCACCUCGCUGUCUCUGAGCGAAAAUUUCCUCGUUAUGUUUGUCACUUUCAAGUUCAAACAACUCAGACAACCCCUGAACUAUAUAAUAGUUAAUUUGGCCAUCGCUGACUUUCUGGUCUCCCUCAUCGGUGGAGUAAUAAGUUUCCUGACAAACGCCAGGGGUUAUUUCUUCCUUGGGAAGUGGGCUUGCGUCUUGGAGGGGUUUGCUGUCACUUAUUUCGGGAUUGUAGCCUUGUGGUCCCUCUCUGUUCUGUCCUUUGAACGAUUCUUCGUGAUCUGCCGGCCUCUGGGGAACGUCCGACUGCAAGCGAAGCAUGCAAUCCUGGGUCUGCUGUUCGUCUGGACCUUCUCCUUCAUCUGGACCUUCCCUCCUGUGUUAGGCUGGAACAGAUACACUAUAAGCAAGAUCGGAACCACCUGUGAGCCUGACUGGUAUACAACCAACAUGACAUAUCACAGUUACAUCAUCACUUUCUUCAUCACCUGUUUCAUUCUGCCUCUUGGAGUAAUAUUCUACUGCUAUGGAAAGCUCCUGCGGAAGCUCAAGAAGGUGUCUCAUGGGCGCCUGGCCACUGCCAGGAAGCCAGAGCGGCAGGUGACCCGUAUGGUGGUGGUGAUGAUCGUGGCAUUCAUGGUGGGCUGGACACCGUAUGCAGCAUUCUCCAUACUGGUUACAGCUCAUCCAACCAUUGAACUUGACCCCAGGAUGGCUUCCAUCCCCGCCUUCUUUUCGAAGACAGCUGCUGUCUACAACCCAAUCAUCUACGUCUUCAUGAACAAACAGUUCCGGAAGUGCCUAAUCCAGCUCUUCACUGGCAAGGGGACCAUCCCAGAAAGCAACUACAACCAGACCUCAGAGCGACCAGGGAUUACUGCAGAGAGUCAAACAGGAGAAAUGUCAGCCAUUGCGGCCCGUAUCCCCGUGGGUGGCUCUACGUCGCCCAGGUCUGAUGACUCUCCAACCGACUGUGGCUCGUUAGCCCAGCUGCCCAUCCCAGAGAACAAAGUGUGUCCAAUGUAACCUCAUACCAAUUGGUGUUCUCAUACUGUCCUCUAAUCCCCAGAGUCCAUAUAACCUUCUGUAAUCUAGAUACAGUGUGUUUCAGAACCUGUUUGGACAGCAGCAGAACUUUAAAUCUUUCCUUCAUUUCUUGCGGAGAUGGAUGGUGCAGUGUGAAGAACAGAGAUUCAACUUUUGAAGGGUUUUCAUAGUUGAUGAUUCUAGCACUUUUUUAUAUUUUACUUGCAAAAGUAAUUAAGAGACACAAAACAUCAAAAACUAGAAAAGGUUUUGGGCUCCAGCAUGUUUCAGUAGUUUGUUCAAUAUUUGCUUUAACAACAGAGGGGACAAGAAGGAACUGUACAGAGAAAUGCUCAGAGCCUUACCCGCUAGAUGUCUUGUAAAUAUUUGCUUGUUGGACUCUCCUGCUGUUGGAGAAUAUCUUGGAUGUUCUCUUGACUAUCAUUGCACACCUGCUAGUCUGUCACAUUAGAGGGCACUUUAUUUGACUUGAUAGUGUCUGCCCUCAUAUCCCAAUGAAAAAAAGAGACUGCUAAAAGCGCAAACCUUGACAUCAGUUAGUUGAGGGCUAGCCAGUGUUUUUCAAAUACCACAAUGCAUCCAGCCUUUCAUCUCGUCCUCGCCUUCUCCUUUGAAGCCCUGUGAUGGCGCCUGUAGAGAAAGCGUUGUUUUUCUAUGCUGUUUCAGUGCUUUGCUUUGGCAGCGCAUCUUUAUUCAUCUCCGCUCGUCCAGAGGACGGAACAGUCUUCUGAAUUUGGAUACUUUUACUUUAGUUUAUGCCGCAUAGACUAGUUUGGGUCAAAGCUUUCAUCUUUAGUGAAGAUGGUCAAUGGGACUCAGAGAUGCCAGUCUCCUGUUGCCUCUGUUGCAGAUGUUGGAGGACAAUAUAUUUAUGAAGCGCCAGCAGGGGAUCAACAAACACAAAAACAUGCACACAAAUACAAUGCAUGACAUACAGUGUACAUACACCACACAAGGAUGCACAUACACAUAUGUGCAUACACACAGACAGAAUGCAGUUGCACUGCCUGUAUUAUGAUAAGCCCUCAGAAGGCACUGUGAAGAUGAUACAAUGCACAAAAUAUCCUAGCACUGGAGUGGCUUAGCUAAGCAGCCAUGUACAAAAGCAAUGAGCAUUAGCAUUAUAAGCACAGGUCAACAGCAAUAUUAAAGCUAACUACUGUCACACAAUUGAACACUUCAAUGUAAGCUACAGUAGAUGUAGCAGUGAGUGUUAAAAUGUCUACUACUUGACUUUGUGGUGCAUGUUUGUUCACUAUUACUGGAUAUUUGUCAAAACACUGUUGUAUUAUCUAUGCUGCACAGUGAUUCACUAUGUUAUAAAAGUAACAGUAUGGUGUCUGUUUGCAAUGUACUGAGUGUGUGUUCCAAUCAUGUUUGGCCAGUCUGGUAGGAGUAACAUUAAGCAUCGUUGAGCAUCAGUGCAUCUGUGCCAAAUGAAUUGUGAUGCCUUGAUAUAAUUAGCAUAACCACAUGAGACUACGGUGAAGACCACACCAGUGUUUCCCUGAAAAUCUUAUUUUUCAUGAACAUUAUUGCUUUGUUGUUGAUGAUGAAAUCUACACUUUUUAUAUAACCUUUAUGGAACUUAUCUACUAUCUGCAUUAAUCAGUAUUUUCUGUGUUAGCGGUUGAUGCCUCAGUGUGUUGUGAAAGAAUUGCUCAUAGUGCUAAAAUCACAGAGAACCAUCACCCAACAGCUAUCAGCAGCUGUGUCCUUUUCAGAGUCUUUAGCUCAUAGUUGUUGCUGUAUGGUUUAAUCUCACCGCUGUCCUAUAGCCCAGUCCGGCAGCAGUUAGCUCAGCACAAAUAUGCUUCUAUAAACCAACUAUAUGCUACCUGUCCAGCAGCAAAUGGGGGCUAGGGACUAGAUAGUGCAGAAAGUUGCUACACUUUCUAAGACCCAGAUAUUUUUUAUCACCACUUAAGGUGAUCAGAAACAUGAUUUCAAAUGAAUAUUCCUCCGUGUCUCCAUAUGUGAGGCUCUACUUUUCAAACUCAUUCACUGUAACAGUGUAAUAAGGUGAUUGCUGUGAGGGAGAACUGGUACCAAAGUAACACAGCAAUUUUAUCUGCACCCAUAUAAGUGUGAUAGGCCUAACUGCGUCAGCACUUACAGCACACAACACUUACCAGGACCACAAACGCUCGCGUGGAAGUCAAAGAUUUACCUAAAUAGCUGUUCACACCAAUUAAAUCUACUCAAGCAGUAAUAAUGUUUUAUGAAAUGGAACAUGUGGAAAGUUGUUUCAUGUGUCAUAGUCAUGAUCAUCUGACAGAUUAUUUAGUACUUGAAAACAUCCUGAUGUUUGCCAUGUCAGUUUUUCAAUUUAGAAGAGUCAGGUUAAACUGUCAGGAGUCAACAGACGUUUCUUUCAUCCGUCUACAGUAACAAAAAGCGUUUGUACAAUGCACUGUAUCUGUCACAACUGUGACAAUGAAUAAAACAAAGAAAAAGAGAAUUUAUGUUAGUAAUACAACAAAUAAAAAAAGACAUUAUUCCACAUUCGAACAAAAACAGCAUCUGGUAUUGAUAGAACACACACAUGAGUCGUUGAUCACAACGUAAUGUUAUCUUUCAAAAUUACAUUUAUUCUUACUUUCAUCCCAGUUCUCCCCUAUCUGCCAGCUUAUUCUGGCAACUCUUUGCCCCCACUUUAGGUGGUGUUCAAUAUUGAGCUUUCAUCUGCCACAACCUCCAGGUCCAAUUUUGUGGCAUAAGGCAAUCCAGAUGUUUUACUUAGUCAACUCAGAGAAAAAUAAUGCAAAAUGUGGUUUAGUUGCCAGUAGAAAUGUUCAAGCCAUAACUCAGGUCUGUCAGAAUUCGCUUUUGCAAGUAAAAGCACUAGUCUUUUGUCCUUAAUUGCUAAUUUUCAGUAUACGUGGCAGUGUUGCAUGACAAUGUUUACCCUCUUAAAGUAUAUUCUCUGAAUUUGUUUUAUUUAUUUUUUGUAAGUUUUAGAUUCAAACACUCCAGCAAAUCAGCAAAUUACAACCACCAUAAUAUAUAAACACAACUUGUAAAUGCAUAAUUUGCAAAUACUGUGUCUGUUGGUGCUGCACAAGGCAAAAUCUGUAUAAACAUUGAUAUAUCAUAGGUGCAGUGUACAGCCAAACUGCUUUUCAACAGACAAGGCCAAGCUUAAAAGUGUCAAUGAACUGUGGCUUCAAUGGCUCAGACCUCUGCAGCAAGGUCAAAUAAAAAAUGUCAUGUCAUAAAUGUCUUACAUUACUUUUCACAUGAGUAGUUCAGAUCUUUUAAGGUAUUAAUAUGUAGACAUGAGCUCAGGCAAGCAGACUUAUGGUUGCAGAACUCCUAGUGAGAUGGGAAGGCUUCAUCCAAAAACAAGGCAGCGUUACACAGCCAGCCAAUAAAUAUAUGUGAAUGCUAUAAACACCCUGCCAUAACAUCACGGUCCAGCUUUCGGUGUCUACUAAUUCAUUGGCUUACAUCAACUGUUCCAAGAUACUGUGAAGUCUAAGAGAAGAAUCCAGCAGCACAAAUCCACUAAAGAGUUUCUUGUGUGUUAUAUUGGGGCAUGUAAUUGCUUGUGGUUGUCUCCCACCACAGCACUGCCUAUCUACACUAAUGUCCAUGCAUCAAUAUCACAACUGGUCAGUGAGGAAUAUCUACUGUGUGUCAACAAACUGUCUGUUUAAGUGUCCACAAACAUA